GGAUUUCCAUCAAACCCUGAGCUUUUACACUACCUUGACCUUCCACUUCCACUUCCACUUCCACUAAUUCCCUCUCCUCUUCUCUUUGUUUUGCUACACAGAGUACCCUCAAAGCUCCGAAAUGAAGAAAGUUGUGCUGAAAUUGGAUUUUCACGACGAGAAAUGCAGACAGAAAGUCAUGAAGACAACCUCUGGUACUUCGGGGGUUGAAUCGGUUGCCAUGGACAAGGACCAGAAACUGACGGUGACAGGGGACAUCGAUCCCUUUUCGGUCGUGAGGAAACUGAGGAAGCUCUGUCACGCCGAGAUCGUCGUCCGGCGAAAGAGCCGGAGAAGAAGAAAGAAGAGCCGAAAGAGGUUAUAGUGACGUACCCGUACGUGUAUCAACCGCCGAUGUCCCAGUACUACUAUUCUCCGGUACCCAACUCUUACACUUACGGUGAAACUAUCGAAGAAUAUCCGGCCGGUUGCGUUAUCUGCUAAAGUUUUGUUCUUCACCUAUCGAUAUAAUUUCAUAUACAUAAUAGAUGAAGUACUUGAUGAAGAAGAAGAUGAAAAAUGGC